AUGGCGAUCAAACUCAUUUCACUCUUCACUCUCUUCUUACUCACUCCAUCCUUAAGCCUAGAUGAUGAAUCCUUCCUCCCGAAGUUUUCAUUCAGUUGGUCGGACGACAAGAAUAAGUUUAAAUCCGGGGAACUCGCUUUAAUCUCUAUCAAAGUUCUUGGAAACUUCGAAACCAAUGGGAACGCUUCGUUAGGACAGGGAGCGUUUAAGCCUACACUUACCGUCAACAGCAAAACUGGGAACAGUACGUACAUUACUGGCGUUUCGCUGGAUCUUGGUGACGAUGUUAGCACGUUGAAGAUUUCUUUUAUUCCCAUCAUGGUUGGAGUUUUCAACAUCAUUAUAGACGAUGAAACUUUCAAAGUCCUGGAUUCUUCGUUACAUUUUGAAGUCGAACCAGGGUUAAUGCACCCAUCUGUAAGUGUUGUGUCAUGGAUGGGACUUAACAACGUGUUUGAAGCUGGGAUGAAUGCAUCCAUCUUGAUUCUUCCAAUGGAUGCAUUUGGAAAUAACAUUUCCUUUUCCGGAAAGGAGAUGGAGAUGGAGCUGCAAGGGUUUUCCUUGUCUCUUCUCUAUGAAAACGGUUCAUUUGCUACCAUUUUUAAUACAACAGACAUCAGAUGGAUGGAGUCUGGUUAUAUUUCUAUUGAGUUUGUUCUUGUCACCGCUGGAAAAUUCUUAUUGCUUGUGGAGCAAGAAAGCCAAAGACUGAAUGGUGUUCCUCUAUCUCUAGUGGUUAAUUCAGCAGGGUCUCUAGAUGUUUCAAAUUGUGUGAGCAUAUGGAAGUCAGAGCUAAACACAUGGCAGAUAUUUUCCAAAAUGGAGAUCAUUUUACACCAGAGAGACCAGUUCGGAAACCUAGUUUCCGGAUCUUACGAGUUUGAUGCUGAUGUGGUUGGGAAAGAGAGUGGUUUGUCCAUACCAGUAGCAGAUUUCCAGUUUAUGUAUGUAGAGCCAGAGAUUCAGUUGAUGUCUUUCACCUUGUCUGAGCCAGGAAACUUCUUGCUCACUCUUUCUGAUAUGGAGCACAAUAAGAGCAUCUCUAGUAUGCCUUAUGAGUAUACAGUCUAUAUAGGUUAUUGUGAUGGGUCAAGAAGUAUUGUGAAUGGUUCAGGGCUCAAUGCUUCUAUUGCUGGAGAGUCUCUUGACUUCUCUAUUUACCUUAAAGAUGCUUAUGGUUAUCCCUCAUCAGUCCAAGUGAAUAUACUUCAGGUUAAAAUUAUACAAGAGGCUGAUUCCUCUUAUGUUUUGCCAACCAUAAAGCCAAGAGAGACUCUCAAUGGUACCAAAGUUUCCUUCUUACCGGCUUCUAGCAGCUUACUUACUCAGGCGAGUAUCUUUGAUGUAACUUAUACUCCAAAACAGAGUGGAGUUUAUAAAAUCUUUAUAUCCUCUGGAAACAUUGUUCUCAAUGGAGGCCAACCUUUCAUCAAGGAAGUAAAAGCAGGUGAAGUGAAUGUGGCAACAUGUAGUGUGACACAAUUCAAUGCAAAAGUGCGAAAGGAAAUAAAAAAUGAUAUUGUGGUCUUACUAGUGGACGGCUUCAACAAUCCUGUACCUUCACAGCCAUCUCGGUUAAAGCUUGAGAUUACCUCAGCUAACACAUCAAGUUUCACUACAUGGAAGUUUGUUGAUAACACUGAUGGGACAUAUACUGGUAGCUAUCUGGUCAUGGAUGUUGGUACUUACCAAAUGUGUGUAUCCUUUGACGAUAAACAUAUCCAACCUUGCCCCUUUGACGUCAAUGUAUACAGCAGUGGAUACUUUCCAAAGGCCUAUGAUGAUGAAGUUAACGUGUGGGAAGAUGAGUCCAUCUCUUUCUAUCCUCUGGAAAACGACUACUUUGCUGGGGACAAAGCUUACAUUGUUGGUUUUUCACAACCAGGUCAUGGUUCUCUUCUGAGAGAUGGAAGCCUUCUUAGAUACACACCAAUCAGGGACUUCUCCGGAAACGACUCUUUUCCUUACACAAUAGUUGAUAUCAAUGGAAACUUAGGGAUAGCUACAGUAUACAUCCUUGUUCUUACUGCUCCUCCUCAGUUUGUUUCCUUUUCUGGAGGAUUACAAGCAACUGAAGAUCUAAUUAGUCCUAGAUCAGGUGGCUUCUCUGGUCUGGAGAUAAGCUACUCAGACAAGCUGGAGAACAUUUCAGUUACAGUACAAGCACUUUCAGGAUUGGUCUUGCUGUCUCCAAUGCUGAUGCAGUUUAGGCCUCCUGGUAGUGGAAGACUCUCAGUUAAAAACGGUGGUGAUGAUGGAAGGCUUUUGAUCUUAGAAGGACAAAUAGGAGUUAUCAAUCCUGCACUUAAGUCAAUUCAAUAUCUAGGGAACGAGAACUUUGCUGGUGUUGAUUCUCUUCGGCUAACUACAAGGAACAAGAAUGGGAUUAAUCAACUGGAUGUUCCUGUCUUCGUUGAACCAGUCAAUACUCCACCGUUUAUUAAUGUUCCUAACUAUAUAAUGCUAGAGAGUAAUGGGACAGAGUCACUUAUCUUUCACAAGGAAAGAGACAAGUUCAACUUCUCAGUUGGAGAUCCAGAUCUUGCUAGUUUCCCUGGUGGUGAAGCUCAUUUCUUAAUAACGUUUUCUGUGGAGGUUACUGAUGGGUUUCUACGGACAAACUUACCAUCUGAGCUUAUAAACUCAACAGAGCUAAAGUUCAAAAACAUAUUCAGGUGGCAGCCAAUUCAGACAUACGCUGCCAUUUCUAAACACGUGAAUGUUAAAGCUAGUGGGAUCAGGUUUCGUGGAACAAUAAAGCAAUGCAACGACAUGAUGCAACAUCUGCUUCAUCACGGAGGAGAGAACGGUGCUAUCUUGACCUUGAAAAUGAGUGACAUGGGGAAUUACGGGUGCUUUCUUGAUUGCACUGAGAGAAUUUCACUGCCUUUACACGCGGUGGCUCGCGUAAACCUCAUUAGAAAGAGACCCUUAAGUUCCCUUGCAGCUCACGUUCUAGGAUCUGUGAUAGUGGUGGAGUCUCUUGUGGUAUUCUCUCUUGCUAGUAUACUUCUAUUCUUCACUUGCAAAUGCGCAUUUCUUCUCGUACACGAGAGAAGAAGCCAACAUAGUACUGUUCACAUGAAUCCUCAGAAACCACCAGUGGACAAUGCUGAAUUGUUAAAUGAAAAUGUUUCAGCAAGAAGAAUCACUCGUUGUUUCCCGGAGAGUAUGUGGAAUAGACAAGUUGGCGAAACUUCAGCUAAGCAGAAGAAGGAGUUGCCAGAGAUUAACAUUGUUCCGUUCGAGCUAGAGAAAGGCUAGAAGUUGGAUGAAUCAGAGCCAUCAUGAUCACGUACACUCAAGUAAUUAGGAUAAAGAAUCUCAUGAAAGGUGCAAAAGUAUAUUCAUCAUGGCUCUGUCAUCAUGGCUUUUAAGUAUAUUCUAACAUCUCAUUAUUUUGUAAGCAGUUCUCAUCACAAAACCAAACAUUGCUUUUUUCAUGCUUUUGUUGUUAUACGC